AGACAUGCCCCGUAGCGUAUCUCACUCGUUUGCUGCGCCAAUGAGUUUUAGAUGGCUGGCAGCACCACUGAUGACGGCGCCGCCGCCAUAGCACAGCCUGUUCCUGCUACAGCACCCCUAAUGAGGGGCCUGGAUUUUCUACGCCAGCCUCCGCCUAGGCGAGAGACGCCAGAGGCCGUGCCCGCGCUAGCUGUUAGUUCCCCAGCCGUGCCUCUGCCUUUCUCUGACUUACUCCCGGACAUUGAUGCUGAGCCUUUGCUCGCAUCCACUCCUGCUGCCUCUCCUAGCUCUCCCAUUACUUCCGCGGGGAUCCCUUCGCCUCCACUCUCAGUAGCCGCGAUCCCAGCGCUGCCUUCAAGACUGCCCGCUGGAAGGUACACGCAAAGCACCAUUCGAUUUGCGCGUACCCGAGUUCCUCACAUCAGGCUAGAGACUUCCCGACCUGCUGCUGAUGCAACGCCAUCUGCGACCCAAGAGGCGGGAACGUCUGCUUCAGCCUCUGAUCCGACGCCGAGCACGGGAAGCCACUCUCGUCUCAUCCCCGACCCCGAUGCACUUCUUGCAGAACUGAAGGCGAAGGCCGAAGAGCAGUGGGUGCGAAAAUUCCCCUGGCUGCUCAUCGACCAACGCCCCGACGGACGUCCGUGCAUGAAGUGUCGAUUGUGCAUGGCGCAUGCUCCUCCGAAGUGGCAGUACGGCAAAUACGGCAAUGGAGGUGUCGACAUUCAGAAGCAGACUAUGGUGAAGCACUCCCAAAGCAAGAAGCACGAGGCUGCGGAGGAUCGGCAGAAACAGUUGGAUGGUCUAAACGCUGCGCAGCCGAGCAUUGCCGAUUUCAACGACAAUCAGGGAGCCGACGCGCGGCUUAGGCAGUUGAUGAUUGUUGUGCUUUGGAUUUGCAAGUCUGAUGCUUCUAUUGCCAUGUUUGUUUCUCUGGUCCGUCUUCUCUAUGACCUCCGCACUCCCCACAUCCCCGAGAAAUCCCCCGGGUCUUACCAAUCUGAGUACGGCUUCAAGCAAAUCACAGAAGCACUCGUCGUUUACCUUCGAGCACAGCAGAUGAAGCACAUUCAACAGUCGCCGUUCGUGGGCAUCCAGCUCGACGAGAGCACCGAUAGGAGGCGGGGUAAACACAUGAUUGUGUACCUCACCUUUUUGAAGAACGCGAAGGUGGUGACCGAGUUUUUUGGGCACCUAACAGUUGAGAGGUGUGAUGUGACCUCUCUAUUGACGCUGCUGCUGGACCACCUUGAAGCCACUGCCGUAGACCUGAACAAAAUCAGUGGCAUCAGCACUGAUGGAGCCAGCGUCAUGACGGGGGCGAACCGGGGCCUUGUCGCUCAGCUCCGCGCCAGGGUCCCGCAUCUCGUGCCCUGUCAUUGCAUCGCCCACAGAGAGGCGCUCGCGGCUAAGGACGCUGCCAACGAUUGUCCCGACCUCGAGAUCGUCGACAAAGUCGUCCGAAGCCUAGCCGACAUCCUUGGCCGCUCCAUUGUCGACAUCACCAAGGUGGCCCAGCUAGUAGAGAACACAUGCAGCAUCCUCCGCUCUCGCUACGUAGAGUAUGGCGUCAACUUCGGCGAGGAUUCCAAGCUACUCACCGAGUUUUUGGAGGAGCAUGGCCCGAAGAACAAGCGGAUGGUGACAGUGGAGGGCAUUGACGGCGCUGGCAACCCGACGGCUCACACCUUUAAGCUGCACGAGAAAGCUCUGUCAGGCCAGAAGAGUGAGGGAGACAUGGAGUCAUGCAUCUCCCUUGUCACCCUUUUUGUGCAGGCCAUCAUCCGCAACUUGGAGUCGCGGAUGGAGAGCCUCAACAGUCUCCGUGGGUCGAAACUGUUCUUCCCCGACGCUUACCCCGACUCCGUUGCAAAGCGCGACCGAGUUGAUUGGGGCAAGGCGGAAAGGGAGCUGCCUCGAUUCACGCGCAUGCUCCACGGUCAUUACAAGGAUACGUCAUUCCACAACUGCUUGAAGAACAUUCUCAGAUCCGAAGACUGGCGCACCUCCUACCCCAACCUCCCAGAAGAGGAAGAAAGACAAGGCGGUCAGCAAGAAGAUGAAGAAGCGUCUUAAGAACGAUGAUGAGGCCGUAGAUGUGCGCGGCACUAUAAAUGUAGAUUGUGAUU